UAUGAUGGGAUUUAGACUUUAGUUGGUUUGGUCAUUGGUGUUUGAAAUGAAUUAUGUAUUUAGCUGAAGCUGUAAGUGAAAGUUUAAGAGGAUAAAUUAUGAAUAAAUAACAGGGUUAAUUUAAAUUACAUCACUGAAAAUUUUAUUGACAACUAACACAAACAAUUCAAAUAAGAAAUCUCAGUAUAAAUGUUUACAUUCGUUAUGGCAUUGAAGAAAAAUUUGCGAGAUACGCAAACCACGUAGAUGAUGAAUAAAUCAGAAUGCCAUGUGAGUGUGACCAAGACAAGAUGUCUGAGGCCCAAGUCUUGGAUAAGCCUGUUACCAAUGAAGGCAGUGUGUCAGUUCGUAUGCCCACUCAUGCAUUUUCUCAUCAUUGGAAGGAGUUUGCUUGUGGAGGGGGAUCAGCAUUCUGUAACAUUCUCAUUAGUUAUCCCCUGAAUAAGCUGAUAUUCAGACAGAUGAUGCAUGGGGUUGAAGCAACAUUUGCCUUGCACCAACUUAAAAAAGAAGGCUUGGUUUUUCUCUACAGAGGAAUGCUACCUCCACUAUUACAGAGAUCUUUGUCUAUGUCUCUGAUGUUUGGUAUCUAUGACGAAUGUUUAGAACCAUUACUUAAAUACAAUGUCAACCCAUAUGUCUCCAAAACUAUAGCAGGUGUUGUAGCAGGAUGUUUCGAAGCUACACUGAUGCCUUUUGAACGAAUACAAACCUUGCUAAUACAUCCAAAAUAUCAUAAUCAGUUUAAUAACACAGCACAUGCUGCACAACAUAUUGCAAAGUUUUAUGGCAUCAAAGAAUUUUAUAGAGGAUUAGUACCCAUAUUACUGAGGAAUGGACCAUCUAAUGCACUAUUUUUUAUAAUUAGAGAUGAAUUUAGAGUAAGAUUGCCUAAGCAGGAGAAUAUGCUAUACGAUGGGCUGCAAAAUUUUAUUGCUGGUGCUUCAAUAGGGGCUUUUUUGAGUACACUGUUUUAUCCCCUUAAUGUGAUUAAAAUAGGUAUGCAAUGUGAGUUGGGGGGUCCUCAUAGAACAAUUUUGUAUGAGUUUAACUAUAUUAUGAGAAAACGGGGCUCUAAGUUUGGCAACUUGUAUCGUGGGGCUUUACUUAAUAUAAACCGUGCAUUUCUCAGUUGGGGCGUUAUAAAUGCCUCAUAUGAGGUGCUUAGGAAGCUUUUAUAUUCCUAGUCAAUCUAUUUAGUGUUAUUAUUGUUAUUUAUUUUAUUAGUGAACAUGUAUAUAUAUUAUGAGUAUUGUUGUUGUAAGUAAAGCAUGUGUGUUGCAAAACAUGUGUGCCAAAGUACCUAAAAAUCUUGUGAUAAAGUUGCAUUAAAUAUCAAUGUCUAAAUGUAUAAUGUUACAAUUAAUUUGAAGUUUUAUCAUAUAAUGUAAUGUUGCAAGGACUUAAAAUGACGAAAUAAUGUCAUAAUUUAACACCCCAAUACUCUAACUCCCAGUUCCAUAAAAGAUUUUAUUUUAAGAAAUAAAAAUGUUUAAAUAGAACAUUUUGUGUUAUGAAACUGUCAUAAAAUAACUGAAACUUGAAUGAAACAUAACACUGUUUUUAUGAAAUAUAAAAUACUCCAACUGUUCAUCUAAGAAACCAAGUAUAGAAUUUUACAUCAAAAGGCUCCGUGUAUGAUUUUUCAAGUAAAACAUUGUUAUUAAUAUUUUACAUUAUUAAGCUUGCAACAUAUUACAUAAAAGAUAUUUUUAUUUUGCACACAUCAUCAUAAAGUUUUGAACAAUUAUUACCUUUCUUGCUAGGUAUGUACUUUAAUAUAAAAUCAUAAUGCCAUACAAAUAUAAUAAAUAUAUAUGAAAGUG